AUGGCAUGGACGCUACUACAAUUGCUGGCCGCGGGAGAGAUGGUGCUGUUCGCUGGCCUCGUGAUUUCGGUCUUCUGGAACUGGGCCAGCGGGCUUGUGCGAAAAGCACCUGCCACGGCAAUCCGAGGGAGGGCCAACGCCGGAUGGAGCGCCCGGACAUUGGUCGUUGCAUGCGUAGUUGGACUCAUUUUCCUCGAACAAGGACUUUUGCAGCUCCUACCGCCAGAAACCUACAGCACUAGUCCUAGGAUUUUCUCACCGCACGAGCCUUCGCAGAUCAGCCCUUCGCUGGCCGUUGACCUCGUCAACAUCCUCGAAUACCUCAAGCUUGACCUCAAGCAGCCGGCAGACUUCGACGCCCGUAUUGAGGCCACAACCAAUGCCUUUGUGGGCGACGUACAAGCAGCAUUCACGCGUCAUCGAACAGUCGUAUCAACUCUUGCCGCAUUCAAGACCGAGGCUCUGGAGUAUGUCGUGGCAGCUGUAGACAGCAAAGGGAAGAAUGCGCAGCCAAUGGUCAAGCUCACCGCAGUUGACAAGCGGGUGGCCGAGGUGAAGAAGCAUGCUGAGCUGUGCCAGGCUGCCGUGUCCAAGCUCGCGGACGAAAACACGGGCUCUGCAAUUCGAGUUCAGCGMGCUGUAAAUGACUUCCGAGCGACCAUUCACGCGGAGCAAGCCAGGCGCGACGCGCAUGGAACAGGCGGUUCCCGGUCGACUCUACUGCAGCAGCAGACGAGCGAAGGCCUCGCCAACGUCAUGAAUGUUGUCGGCGAGGCUCAGGACAAAUUGUCGAGUAUUGGCGAGCUGUAUGAUGGCGAUCAAGAACUUUGUCUGGUUGACGCGGUGCCUCGGGCGGUGGCCGGGUGGAAGGAGGUUGUUGAGCGUGCAGGCACCAUCAAGAACAAGGCAGAGCUGCAAGACACAAUGGCUAAGGUUCGCGCCUGGUAG